AAAUGGAUGCGUGCUGAAAUGUUCCAGCCAUAGACAUGUAUAGGUCUGUUUAUGUCUAGGGUUCCAGCAUACUCUAUUUAGAAACAACAGGUCGAGAAAAUGUUCGAUUUGGUAGCUCGUGUCUUUCAAAAGAUCAGAUCCUUUCGAACAAAAGACUUGACCUACACCUCUGGCGAUGACAAUCACAGGGGCUGGGGAGAAAAGAUUGACUGGUACACACUGGGCGUGGCCCUCCACAAAGCCAAAAAGGAGCACAAACACAUGAUGAUUGUGAUACACCGGAUGACCUGCUCGGCGUGCUGGUACCAGAAGAGCUGGUUCUCCAAGAGCCCCGCCAUCUUAAACCUCAGCAAGAACUUUGUCAUGGUCAACAUGGAGGCAGGCCAGGUGCCCAAUGACGAGCAGUUCAGUCCAGACGGUCACUACGUGCCCAGGAUUCUUUUUUUCAACCCUCAGGGCCGGCUCAUGCCGCAUGUUAAGUUUUCGUACAAUGACCUCUAUCAGUAUAAUUACCCCGGUGAGGGCGACUUGAUUCGAAACAUGAAACUGGUGGCCGAGAAGAAAAUGUAGACGAAUCGAAACAAAUCGAAUUCAAUAACUGUAUAACAUCUAAGUAUGCUGAAUCGAACUAAAUAACUCUAUAACAUCUAGGUAUGCUGGUCAAUAAAGCCAAGAGGUUAACACUAA